AUGGCUGUAACAGCGCCAACACCCGGCAUGGCGCAGGGCGCAAAGCAGCCUACACCAUACAAGAGCAUGACUGGCAAAGUACAGGCUCCUUUGCUGAAAGCGCUGGAGAAGAAGGGCUACGCCAACAUGACUCCGGUCCAAGAGAAGGUGCUCACUGAACUGCCGGCCUUCACCUCAGACUGCCUAGUGCAAGCGAAGACGGGCACAGGCAAGACCGUCGCCUUCUUGCUGCCAACGCUACAUACAAUCCUCAACAACCAGAACACACGCAGCGGCAACGUCAGCAUACUGAUCAUCUCACCUACCCGCGAGCUGGCGACACAGAUCAAGGACGAGUGCGAUAUGCUCACAUCAGAAAUUCGACCAGCGCUGGAGUGCCAUACGGCGUUUGGAGGAACAAAGAAGGAGAAGCACUUGAAGGACUUCCUCAACGGCAAGCCCACAGUACUGGUCGCCACACCCGGCCGACUGAACGACUACCUCUCCGACGACUACGUGGCCGGCAAGUUCGCCAACCUCCAUGCUCUCAUCCUCGACGAAGCAGACACCAUGCUUGAAGCAGGCUUCCUCCCAGCCAUCCAAGACGUUCUCCGACGUCUGCCACCCAAGUCCAACGGCUGGCAAGGAAUGUGCUUCUCUGCAACAGUACCCCAGAAGAUCAAGCCCGUGCUCAGCAAGGUGCUCAAGACGGGCUACACCAGCUUAUCGACGGUCGACCCUAACGAAGUACCAACAAUAGAACAGGUCGAUCAAUACUCCGUUGUCAUACCCACCGCAGGCGACACCUUCACAAGCCUCGCCGCACUCCUAGCCUUCGAGCGCGAACAACGACCGAACAUCAAAGCCAUCAUCUUCGGCACAACGGCAAAUGGAGUGGGCAUGCUCUACGACCUCUUUAAGAAUCUCGUCAGGGACCAAAUCAGUGUCUUUGAGCUGCACUCCCGCCUCAGCCAAAAUGUGCGAACACGAACAACAGAAGAAUACAAGAAUGCUGCGUCAGGCCUCAUGUUCGCCUCCGAUGUCAUUGGGCGCGGUAUGGACUUCCCGAAUGUCGAUCUGGUGAUCCAAGUCGGUAUCCCGAGUACUGGCCGAACAGCGCGAGCUGGCCAGAACGGCCGUGCUGUCAUUGUGCUCACGGAUCGGGAGAAGUAUUUCUUGACGGUGAAUAAAUUCCUUCCCAUCAAACCUUACCCUGUCGACAUCUCCACCGGGGCUGCAGGAGCCGCGGAUUUUGUCAGCGAGGCUCUGAGUCGCGUCGACGAGAUCUCCAAGUCCAAGGCUUACCAGGCGUAUCUCGGGUUCCAUAAAUCGUUCACUAAGCAGUUACGUCUGGACAAUGUCGGGUUAGUGGCGUUGGCGAAUGAGUAUGCGGCUGCUAUGGGGUGUCCGGAGCCGCCGGUCAUUGAUAAGAGUGUGGUGGGCAAGAUGGGUCUGAGGGGUACGCAUGGGCUCAAUGUAGGCGUGAUCCCGAGGACGGGCAGACCUGGACAGGGGCAGAGAGGUGGGGGUGGAGGUGGUCGUGGUGGUGGUGGUGGAGGAGCGCCUAAUGGGUCGAUGGGACGUGCGCCGCAGGACGGUGGGGUGCCGAAGAGUAAUGGUGGUGGGCGUGGCGGGCGAGGUGGUGGACGAGGACGUGGCGGACGAAAGCCUCAGGGCGGGCCGAAGGGACCUUGA